AUGCCGAUGCUCUCCCUCUGCACCCCCUCGUCGCCUCCGCCGCUCCCACCGCCUCCCCACGGCACCUUCACAGCCCCUCCUGCCUCCGUCGCGCUCCUCCGCGAGGCCGCGGCACGGCGCGACGCGGCGCUGACGUCGGCGCUCCACGCCGCCCUCCUCAAGUCCGGCGCGCUCCGUUCCCCGCAGGCACCCCUGGCCGCAACGAACUCCCUCCUACACGCCUACCUCCAAUGCGGCCUCCUCUCCCGCGCGCUCCGCCUGCUCGACGGAACGCCCCGCCGCGAUGCGGCCACCUACGCCUCCCUCAUCUCCGCGCACUGUCGCCUCGGCGCGCCCCUCGACGCCCUCCGCGCCUUCCUCGACAUGCUGGACUGGGGUUGCUCCGACGCCGCCGUCCGCCCCAACGAGUUCACGGCGGCCGCGGUCCUGCAGGCCUGCGGGCUGGCCAGGGACGAGCGGCUGGGGAGGAUGGUGCACGGCUACCUCGUGGCAGGCGGGUUCUGCGGUGACCCGUUCGUGGUCGGUUCAUUGGUCAACAUGUACGCCAAGGCUGGGGACGUGGUGAGCGCACGGAGGCUGGUCCUUGGAUUGCCCUGCAGGGAUGUUGUUUCUUGGACGGCCAUCAUAUCAGGGUGCGUGCUCAAUGGUAUGCUCGAAGAGGGCCUCGAGGUGUUCGUCAUGAUGCUGGAAGAUGGCGUCCUCCCUAACAAUGUCACGAUGCUGAGUGUCAUUCAGGCGUGCUCUUUGAUGGGCGCCUCUGAAUUGUUCAGUCCAGUGCACGCUCUUGUUGUUCUGUUGGAGCUCGAGCAUGAUGCCUCAGUGGUGAAUUCUCUCAUCAUGAUGUAUGCAAAGAAUGGAUUUGUUGAAGAGGCUAUCUGGCUUUUCAGGGGUUUCUACCUGAAGAGUGGGAAUGUGUGCUCUAACGAGGAUGUUCUUGCGGCAGUUCUUUACGGUUGCACCAUUUCCGGAUCUGUGAAGAACGGGGUGGGGGUCCAUGCGCACACGAUUAAAAUAGGUGCUUUCCCAAGCAUCAGCAUUGAGAACUCGCUUAUGGGCAUGUAUGCUAGAUUUGAGCAAAUCGAUGCUGCACACUUUGUGUUCGAAGGUAUGAAGGUUAAGGAUAUUGUUUCAUGGAACACCAUCAUCUCAUGCCUUGCCAAGAGUGACCGUGUGAAUGAAGCCAUGGAGCUCUUUAGUGUUCUUCAUGCUGCUGCUGGUGGGCUUGCGCCUGACUUCGUCACGGUCUUGAGCAUACUGCAGGCUUGCUCCAAUGCAGGAUUACUUCAUCAAGGGCAGAUGCUUCACGGAUACAUCAUGAAAUCUGGUUUUGUAUAUGAUGUUUCAAUAUGCAAUGCUCUCAUAACCAUGUAUGCUAAGUUAGGAAGGAUUGAUUUUGCUGAGAUGAUCUUUGAGCGGAUGGAUAUUAAGGACCUUGUUUCCUGGAAUUCAAUGAUCAAUGCUUAUGGUAUGCAUGGCGAUGGUCAUUUAGCUCUAAGGGUUUUCCAUCAGUUGAAGGAUGCUGGAACACCUGUGCCGAAUGCUAUCACAUUUGUGAGUGUGAUAUCAGCCUGCAGUCACUCUGGUUUGAUUUCAGAAGGUUACAAGUGCUUUGAAAGCAUGGGGAGAGACCACAGCAUUGAACCUAGCAUGGAUCACUAUGCCUGCGUAGUUGAUCUGCUUGGAAGAUCUGGGAGGUUUGCAGAGGCUGAAGAAUUCAUCAGGGACAUGCCUGUCCAUCCCAAUUCAUCAAUCUGGGGACCUCUUUUGGCUGCUUGCCAGCUUCAUGGGAAUGUUGAUCUUGCAGAAAAAGCUGCUAAAGAGUUGUCAGCCUUGGAACCAGAGAGUGACAUAUGGAGAGUAUCCUUGUCAAAUACCUAUGCUUCGGCUGGGAGAUGGAGAGAUGCUGCAAAGAUUAGGACUGAAAUGAGGAGAGUUGGAUUGAGAAAGGAGACUGGGUGGAGUUUUGUAGAUGUUGGAGGGGUUGAGAGUUUUAAGUUUGUGUCAGCCGAUACAAGGCAUCAUGAUGCUGAAGAAAUAUAUUCAGUAUGGCACAGUAUGAACAGGCACAUGGCAGAUCUAGCUGCUGAUGUGCACAAACUUAGUCCAAUUAGUGCAGUUUAG